GGGGUCGGGGUGGAGGAGUGGUGAUUGAGCGCAAAGGGGGCAGGACUUUUUCUCUCCGGGUCCUAUUAAGAGCAAACUUUGUGUUUUUGUUCUCCAAGUUCAGCUUGCAGCCUGCACACAGUUCCUCUCUGCUGCUCUUUUUCUUUUCCAUUUCUUUUUCUUUUUUUCCCCCCUUUUUUUGCUUGUCAAUGGUUUUGUUUUCUCGCCUGUUGGUUACUCCUGCGCGUGUUUUCAUGGGGGAUUUGGACACCGGGAGGAUGCGCUUUUGGGAGGAACAAAUACUGAAAGUUGUCUCUUCGGCCGGUCCGGGGUUGUGUUAGUGGAAACUUAGAUGUUCUUCGGGUUGGAAUGAACAAUGGUGCGGCUCCUUGGUGCUCUGGCCGGGGGCAUGCUCUGGUUUCGGCUGCUGUUGCUGUGCGUCGUGGAGUUUGACCUGGGAGCCGGGCUUUCUACUUUCCAGGGUUUCUAUCUUCCACCUGCGAACGGGUCCCUUCUCACACCUGCCCGGAGGACAGACGGGGUCGUGCAGACCAUUGACCGGAUUUACCACGGAGGAGGGAAGGUGGGCUACCUGGUGUACCUGGACGGGAGACGCUUUCAGCUGGACAUGGAGCGGGACGAGUCGGUGCUGUCGCAUCAUUUCAGUCCCCAGUAUGUGUUCGCUAUGAUGGGGGAGAGCCCCGCGCCUUUGCAGCGGGAAUGCGCGUACCGCGGGACAGUGGACUCCAACCCGGAGUCCCUGGCGGUCUUCAACCUCUGCGGAGGGGGUCUCGAGGGCUUCUUCGCCGUGAGCCAUGCACGUUACACUAUCACACCUAUCAUCAGGGCGAAGGGACACGAGCACGACGUGCGCGCCCUGCAGGACAAGGACGCAGAGAGCGCGCUCCACGUGUUCACGCGCGAGAGUUUCAGCUUCGAGGCCAUGCGCGACGGGCGCGAGAGCUGCGGGACGCGCGACGGGCGCAGAGGACGCAGAGAUGCGGCGAGGAAACGCCGACACAGAGGUCGCGGGAAGGGGAGACGGGCCAAAGAAGGGCUGCCAGUGGAGGGUCCAGAUGACCACGGCACGCGUGGGGGGAGAUGGUGGAGCCAGCUCGCCAAAGCGGCUGCUCCGGAGCCCCGCACGAGACGCAAGAGGUCUGUCUCUCGCGCCCGACACGUGGAGCUGCUCCUGGUGGCCGACGACACCAUGACCAAGAAAUAUGGCAAGGACUUGAACCACUACCUGCUCACAUUGGCCUCCAUCGCCUCCAAGCUGUACGGGCACGCCAGCAUCGAGAACCCCAUCCGGUUGUCGGUGGUGAAAGUGACCACAGUCACCGAGAAGGAGAAGGGGCUCGAGGUGUCCAAGAACGCUGCGGCCACGCUGAAAAGCUUCUGUAAGUGGCAGAACCAACAAAACCCACUGGACGACGACCACCAGCACCACCAUGACGCCGCCAUCCUCUUCACCAGGCAGGACCUCUGUGGCCACCACUCCUGCGACACCCUCGGCAUGGCGGACGUCGGCACCAUCUGCUCUCCGGAGAGAAGCUGCGCCGUCAUCGAGGACGACGGCCUUCACGCUGCGUUUACUGUCGCUCAUGAGAUAGGUCACCUGCUCGGUUUGUCCCACGACGACUCCAAAUUCUGCGAGGAGCGUUUCGGAGUGAACAGCGACAAGCGGCUCAUGUCUUCCAUCCUCACCUCCAUCGACGCCUCCAAACCCUGGAGCCGCUGCACCUCGGCUACCAUCACCGACUUCUUUGACGAUGGCAACGCUGAAUGUCUCCUAGACUCUCCUCGACAGCCCCUCUUAGGCCCAGAGGAGCUACCGGGUCAGAGCUAUGACGCCGUCCGCCAGUGUCGCCUGGCCUUUGGCCCCGAGUACACUGUCUGCCCGGGCAUGGACGUAUGUUCCCGGCUCUGGUGCGCCGUGAUUCGCCAGGGACAGAUGGUGUGUCUGACCAAAAAGCUUCCGGCCGUGGAGGGAACACCUUGCGGGAAGGGACGCAUCUGCCUUCAGGGAAAGUGUGUGGACAAGACUCGCAAGAGACACUACUCGGCGUCCAACCAUGGCAGCUGGAGUUCCUGGGGUCCUUGGGGUGCGUGCUCCAGGACUUGUGGAGGCGGGGUGCAGUUCGCCCAGCGCCUGUGCAACAACCCGCCACCACGGAACAACGGGCGCUACUGCACGGGCAAGAGGGCCAUCUAUCGGUCCUGCAAUGUCACACCGUGUCCACCGUCAAAUAAAACUUUACGACAAGAGCAAUGUGAGGUCCGCAACGGUCCACAGACGGAUCCUAAAGGGGUGAAGACCUUUGUUGAAUGGGUGCCUAAGUACGCAGGAGUCCUCCCUAAAGAUGUGUGCAAGUUGACCUGCAGAGCGAAGGGAACAGGAUACUAUGUGGUGUUCUCUCCGAGGGUGAUAGACGGGACAGAAUGUCGUCCUUACAGCAGCUCAGUUUGCGUGAAAGGGAAAUGUGUGCGGACAGGCUGCGAUGGCAUCAUCGGCUCCAAGCUCCAGUUUGACAAGUGUGGCAUAUGUGGAGGCGACAGCACAGGAUGUAUACGCGUCGUGGGCAACUUCACCAAGAAGAGUAAGGGCUACACUGAUGUGGUGAAGAUCCCCGCAGGCUCUACCCACAUCAAGGUUCGUCAGCACAAGGCCAAGGACCAGACCCGCUACACAGCCUACCUGGCUCUCAAGCGCCCCAAUGGCGAGUACCUCCUAAAUGGAAAGUUCAUGAUCUCCACCUCUGAGACAAUCAUCCCCCUCAACGGUUCCGUGCUCAACUACAGUGGCUGGAGCCAACGGGACGAGUGGCUUCACAGCAUGGGUCCUGGAGCCAUCCAAGAAGCUUUGGUGGUCCAGAUUCUAGCAACAGAUGCUAAAAAACCCCUGGAUGUUCGUUACAGCUUCUUCAUGCCUCGCCGGGCAGCCCCACAGCAGCCGUCAGCUCCGCUCAUUCCCAACCCAAAAUCGACCCCUGAGCCAAGCACUACAACAGUCUCAACAACUACAACAACCGCCACCACCACCACCACCACCAGUAGUACCACUAUGUCCUCCUCUACUCCACUUGUCCUUGUCCCUGGGCCACCUACAGUCCCAGGUCCCUCUACCCCAACCCCAGGGCCACAGUGGGUAACAGGCUCCUGGAUGACCUGCUCCAGGACUUGUGACACUGGCUGGCAGAGCCGGACAGUGCAGUGUAAGGACCAGGACGGGAAACUGUCCAAAGGCUGCAUGCUCGGUUCCCGCCCCUCUGCUUUCAGACACUGUCUGGUGAAGAAAUGUUGAGGCAGCAGGAGAGUGAAAAUGAUUCUCAAGUCAAGAAGCAAUUCAGUAGAAAAACUUUAAUCUGUACAUCUGAUAAAGGUGUUAAGUGCUGGAUGUAAGACUGUGGACCAAUGAAUUUAAGACAUUUAACUUUAAACAGAACUGUGAAUGUUGGCUGAAAGCGCCUGGACCAGAUUCGCAGUGACUUAUAGACAGAUUGGCAUGGAUGCAACUGACUAUAUGCCAGAGGAAUGUCCCGAAAUGAUAGUAGCUAUGCAGAGAACAAGUAGGACGGAGGACAGUUUCUGUAUGACAAGUAUUGCCUGGCAUAGCUAAAGACUCAAAUUGCAUGUCAUUUCCACAUGGACACUAACUGAUUGUCUUUACUUUCUGUCUCCAGACUCUGGAGGCUUAGUGUGCAGUGCCCUGUAAUGGCAUGAGUGUUGUGUCUUUUCUUUUAUGCUAUUCCCUGUGUUCUUAUCACUGUGGGGAUUCAGAAGUCGCACCUCUUUGUCCUUUGUUGUGUGUGUCUGAGACAAGAGCCCCAGCAGUGGGAAGGACUCGUUAUUCACUUAAUUUCUGCCUGUAUUGUAGCCCUGUCUCAUGACUGUCAUGCUGCCUCCUGAAUUACCCAGAACUUACACAUUUUGUGAGUGAAUGGCUCAGUUAAGGAGUUAAGUUAAAGAGAAAGGGUGAUUUAGCCCAACCAAGAAAGGUCUCUGUCAUUAAAAACGAAGCAUGUUUGGCUAACAAUUGCACCGGAUUUAUUCUUUGUUAACUAACCUAAGUGCGCCUCAGCAGCAGUGCUGUCAGUGGCACUACUGAUGGCCAAAAGGUAUUUUAUCAAAUAAAAUGGUGGUCUUCUUAUUUUUCAGAUGCCUAGGAGAUUGCCUGCCAGUACCCUCCCACAUAAACAAGUUUAUGAGCCAUUCAGCAAUCGAAAUGUCUAAGUUACAAAACAUGAGCAUAAGUAUGACGGUCCUGGAUCAGGGCUACCUACGUGCCCCGACUAUAAGCCUUCUUCCUGUGUGUUUUUUUAAUUGAGCUGUCCAGCUGAUAACCAGUAAGGAAUACAAGGAAAGAAGACUGAGCAUGAACUAUUUUCCACAGUGAUGACAAUUGUGUCGAGAACAUUCCCUAAGAUGGAGAUGUUGUUAACAGUUUAGAUACUUCUCUCCGCUCAGGUUCAUGAGAAGUUGAGACGAAAAUUCUUCCUGAUGAUACUCAAACCUAUAAUCAUCCAUAGAGUGUAAAAACACCAGUAUGGCAUAGAAAGGGUAAAGCAUACGGUGGCCUUCAGAGGACAAACUUUUAAACAGUUAAAUUGACAAAGGGGCAAAGUAAUUACGACACUCCUUUACAUUUGUGGACGUUGAUAGUGACUCACAGGUUUGGGGCAGUGCUUGAUUUUUAUGUGUGUGUGUGUGUGAAUGUGUGUUUCUUUGUGUGCAUGUUAUGUGCUAGCACACUCAUGUGCCCAGGCCUGUGUUUUAAACGCAUGCAGUACGUACCGGGAACACGUGCUUAUUUUUUUGUCCUCUACUGCGUCUUGAAAUGUCUUCACACUCAUUUUGCAUCUGUAUCAGUUAUUAAGCUGGUGCUGGGAGGUUUACGGUCCUCAUUUUUUUUCUCUGUUUGUUUGUCUGUUUAUCCAUUCAGGAAGCAAAUUCUAAUAUGACAAUGUGUGCCCUGGAAACUCGCAACAACAGCAAGAGAGAUACUAAUGCAGUCAUUCAUGUCCUUUUGCAAUUCAGCUCUCUUCAUUUCCUCCACUCUUUCCUCUCAUUUCUCUACUUUACAUUCUUUUCACGCAAUCACAUGUUUCCUGGUGGGUGUUGUUUGCCACAUUACAUCAAUUGAGACUAUUUUAAAGGGUCAGUUCAAGUGAAAUAUGAAAAAAUUGAGAAAGAAGAAAUAUUUUCCGACUUAUCACAAGUGAAUUCAAGCCAUGCGGAUACUAUUAGUUUCAUUUGCCCCCUGUGUAAGAUAUCCAUCUGGUGCCUCCGCCCCACUAGAUGAAUGGAGUUUCACUUGUGUCGGUCACUGCUUUAAGAAAAAAAUCAAGUAAAAAAAUUAGCAGAAACUUGCAGCUCCAUUAACAGUGCCUCACACGGUCAACAGUUUCUUCUGGAGCUUCUUUCUCCCAGAGAAGUGUUGAUUCUCUUUAAUUCUCUACUGUUCUAACUUCAUAUAUUGAAUGUCCCAAUAUCAGUGUGUUAUCAGUGUUCUUGUCUAACUCUCAAGAAAGUGAGGAAAAUUUUUUGAGUUAUUCCUUUAAGAAAAAAACUCAAAAAUGAUCCACAUCACUAGAGACCAUUAUGUGUGUGAAAAUAGGGGGUGUUUUUUUUGUAAUUUUGAGUGAACUCAUCCUUUAAAAUCCUCCACCAAAUUUCACAAUAUCAGUCUUUAAUUUGCUUAUUUAACCAAGGAGGCAUUUAGAGAUCAGAUACCUUUUCUUUUCUUUUGGAGUUCUUUUGGAGACAUAAUAGGAAAGACCAUUCAUUUUGGUGUAGAAAAUGAUAAGAGAGCAUUACCUCAGCUCGCCUAAAUCGUAGACCUAAUCUUGCAUUUCAAAAGCUGAUUAAACACCUAAUGGACUUUUUCAAAAAAUGUCUUCCUGUAAUUGUGUUCAAAAUUUCUGGCGCCUGUUUUAUUUUCCUCUGUGGUAAACCUCACCCAUCUGCACGAGAACACAAAAGCAUGAGAUUUCAGAUACUAGCUGAACCGGGUCAACAUACCACUCACAAAAUGCUCUCUCGUCUUCCCUCACACAUUCACAUUUAUUUAAACUAUGUAGACAUUUUUGUACAAUGAAAAGAUCGCUCGUAUAUGAGUUAGUAUUCAAGCAUAUUUACACAGAAAUGUACACACGCAGACACACGCCACUGAAACGAUCCAUCACUUUUGCAGUAUUUGAGUAUUACAGAAACCCCCUCACACACACUCCACACAUACACACAACCUACUCUGACUCUUCCAGUGAGGAAACCCCUCUCGCUGAACGACAGAAACACAGCACUGAACUUGUAAUUUAUUGUUUGUACAACUGGUAUGUGUGAAUAAAUAAAAAAACAAUGAGAUGAGUUUUAUUUAUUAUAGUAAUUUUGUAUCAAAUUACUAUUUAACUUAGGAUUAUGACUGUGCAGAAUCAUUCCUUUGUAAGAGUAUAGUGUUUCUUUUCUAGUCAUCCACAUGAAUAUAUGUACAUAAAAUCUAUAUAUUUAAAUAUC